AUGGAUGGCCAACUGUCUAUACAGCCAAAUGGCGGUGCCAGGCUCCUGUCGGUGAUGUGGGCUGAGCUCAGCGUUGCAGCACUUAUACUGACGGCACGAAUCUACACUCGGACUCGGGUUAUUUCGGGCUGGGGAUGGGAUGAUAUGAGCAUGUGUCUUUCGAUGGUAUUCCUUCGCCAUUUGCUGGCAGUGCUGGCUACCAUGAACACAUCCCUACUUACCGCCAGUGUUCAUCACGGACUGGGUAAGCAUGCCGCCAGUCUCACAGGGGCCGAGUACAUCAAUGCAAAUAAAUACAACUGGAUCUCGCAGGGUUGCCAUGUCAUGUCAACGAACUUUGGCAAGGUGUCCGUCAUACUGUUUUUGCUACGGAUUGUCGUGAACUCUCGGUCACAGAGGGUGUUCCUCUAUACGUUGAUGGCCAUGUUAAUGGUGAUUAACUCCGUUUGCGUUUUUACCAUAUUCGGCCAGUGUACACCAGCUUCGCGGCUGUGGGAUCAAAAUGUAUCAGGAUCUUGCUGGUCGCCGCAUCACCAAAGGGACUUUGCGUUUUUUCAAGGCUCUUUUUCAGCUUUCUCGGACGGCCUCCUUGCCAUAUAUCCCAUAUUUGUUAUAUGGAAACUGCAAAUGUCAAAAAGAACUAAGACUUGCCUUGGGUGUGUUUUGGCUCUGGGCAUAGUGGCAAUGAUCGCAGCUAUAAUUAAGACAAUAUUCCUCGCCAGUCUAACUGCACGAAGCGAUUACACCUAUGACACCAUCUCGCUGACUAUCUGGACUAAUACGGAACAAUAUCUUAUAAUAAUAGCAGCCUGUAUACCUCCCCUCGGCCCGCUCCUGAAGAUUGCUAUGGGGAAAACACCUACAGCACAGCAGUCUAAUUCCAACAGAUAUGCGUCCAAACACAGCUCAGGGGAACAGGUUCAACACCCUGCAUUUCUACCAAAAGAUUCGUUACUAUCUACGAACGAAUCUUGUUGUUAUCCCCUACGAGAGUAUAAGGGGCGGUCAAGGAGAUGGGGCGAUGGUCGUGAGAGUGUGGAGGACCUAGACUUUUGUGAAGCUCGAAGGUCACAACUUGGUGGCAUUAUGAAGACAACAGAGGUGCAUAUUGAGAGUAACAAGGAUCCAGUAAAUUAA